CCUGGUCCGUCUAGUGGCGGCGGAUGGAGUAAAAGUUUACAGGAGGCAAGGGUGCAGAGAACGACUCCCGGGAAGGAAGAAAGAGGCGACCUUGAAUUUUGAGAAUGGAAGCGUGCGUUACGCGCGCAACUUUACAGAAUAGGGGAAAGCAGGGAUUCGGGUAUCUCGUUUAAAUGCUUAACUCAGCUUUAACUCAUCGGGAGUUGGGAUUCCAGACAGUGAGUACGGUACGCUAGCACCGCGCUCCACACAGAUCCGAGGAACAGCGUGGGGCGCUGAAGUGCAGCCUGCCUGACGCUUCUGGGAAAUAUACUUGUAAACAAAUGUCAUCGGAAAGUUUAUUGCACUGAUUACCAUGUUUACGCAUGGUGGAAAACAAGCGCAGCAGUUUUCCCCGUUGCCCCCUUUUUGAAACUAUCCCCUGAUGCAUUUCUGAAGAAGAACCAACGGCAGAUCAUAAGCCCCAGAAACGCAUGUGCACGGAAUUCACGGGAAGUUUUGGAGUUUGAUGUUUUUUGGAGAUGAGUUGGAAUUGUUUGCGAUUGAUACAUCUGUCUGUCUCGCUGAUGCUCCUGAAUGGAGCUGGAGCCUUUCCAAUGUGGAGAAAAGAGAUGGAGGUGGUGGUGCGAGGGCCCCGGCCCGCCGUCCAGGUGUGGUCCCCGGCCGACGUGCGCUCCAGAGUGGCCUCCCUGGCCAAGAGCCCCCGGGCCAAACGCUACGCCAUCAACCCCCUAGGCUACAAGUGGGAGCACUUCAACCUGACCUACAAGAUUACGAAGUUCCCCAACACCCUGAACAAGGAGGACACGCGGAAGGCCAUCAGCAUCGCCUUCACCAAAUGGAGUGACGUGUCGCCCCUCUCCUUCACCGAGAUCACCAACCCCAACAAGAGCGCUGACAUUGUCAUCGGUUUCUAUACCUUCAAUCAUACGGACUGCUGGUGGUCCCCGCUGCACCCGUGCUUCGACGGUCUGAACGGGGAGCUGGCUCACGCCUUCCUGCCCCCUCGAGGGGAGAUCCACUUUGACAACCACGAGUUCUGGAUACUGGGCAAGUCACGCUUCAGCUGGAAACAAGGUGUGUGGCUGAAUGACCUUGUGCAGGUGGCGGCCCAUGAGAUCGGCCACGCUCUGGGCCUGUGGCACUCCCAGGACCCCCAGGCCCUCAUGCACCCCAACGCCACCUACACCGGCCAGAGGAACAUCGCCCAGGACGACAUCUGGGGCAUCCAGCGACUAUACGGCUGCCAUGAUAAGCGGCGUGUGUGUGAUCCCUGGGCAAGACUGGGCUUCUGCGAAAGACGAAGGAGCUUCAUGAAGAAACACUGUCCUCAAAGAUGUGAUCUCUGCUAUGAGCCUCUGGAGGCCAUGAGCACGCCCACGCCGCCCCCUGCCAACGUCAAGGUGAAGAUGGUGCCGCGCGGGAAGGUGGUGGGCUUCCGCUGUGGUACCAAGAGCUCCAAGGUGCUGCCCAAAGUCAGUUGGUAUAAGGACGGAGAGCAGCUGGUCACCUCCAUCCCGGGCUACAUCAUCAUGAAGGGUCGCGACCUGCGCAUCGUGGCCAACGAGUUCAACGAGGGCACCUACACCUGCCGCGUGCACCGCCGCGGCACCGUGGUCUCGGCCAACUCCUGGGCCAUACGCCUCAAGCCGGACUACAUCUCCAACAGCUGAUCGCAGCGGAGCGCCCAAGUGUCGCCUAAAAAUCACAGGCAGGUCACUAUGUGAGACCAUUGUUGAACUUGAGCCACCAUCGCCUGACGUGAAGACAUCGUCAGGUUACUACUUCAAGUUGUGUCAUCUGAAAUUUGAAUGUGACUUCUGUUGCUGUGAGAGAAAGACAGCAUGAGCGAGUACCAUCUUUGUUUUGUUGAACCACCAUCGCCUGAUGUGAAGAUGUCAAGGUUACUCCAAGUUGUGUCAUCUUGAAAUCUUGAAAUGUUGAAUGCGACUUGUGUUGUUGUUAGAGAAGCGAGCACCCUAGAGUGUCAACACUGGGAGACCAACAUGUUCUUUUGAGUCGCAUCUUUGUUUCACUGAAGCAUCAUCGCCUGACGUGACUGUCAAGAAGUUACUUCAAGUUGGGUCAUCUGAGAUUUUGCAUCUUUUACCGGCGAUUUAGUUCGCCAGUGGGUCGAGACUGACUGCCUUGAUACAUGGGGGUUUUCUAAAGUGCGAGAAACAACAUAUGGUGGUGGUGGUAGUGGUGAAAGCAGGGCCUCUACAGCUCUGCGGUCAGGAGUGUUUUGCUUCUGUUUUUAAGAGCCCUAACCCACCAUGGACCUUCUCAAAGACUUUUUUGCAAACUGGCAUCUGCUAUUUCUAUCAGUUCAACAACACCAGAGACUACUUAUCUCUCCGUCUCUCUCUCUCUUUUUGUCAUUCUCCAUUCACUGCAAGGUAUACCUGCUGUACGUGUCUGGGCCUACUUGAGAGAAGUUGUGCACAGGGAGAAGUUUUUUUUUUUUGUGGAAUGGCGUUCCCGUUUUUUCCAUUAUUGAUUUGUACUGUACUGUAUGUUCUACUAAUCCCCCAUUGGUUCCCACAUCCUGCUGAUGGAAUGCUCUCCCCUUCUGAAAUGCAAAGACGAACAUAAAUGACUGCACUGCAUCCUCCUCGGCACAAGUGGAGCGUCAUUUAGGAUAUUUAGAUGAACAAGGGUCUUCGUUGAGAAACACCAAUGCUGUGCCAUUAAGAGAGUGAUGAAAAAGUCUUUUGCGUGGACAUCCCGUCCCCUUUUUCUUGAUGUUAUUGUUCCUCAGUGUUAUGGGCAUGUUGUAUCAGGCUAUGUUUUGAUGUUAUUUGGUUGUGUAGCCUGCCAGUCAAUCGAUGGAUGUAUUCAUGUGUUUGUACCAAUGCAUUGUAGAUGAGUUGAUAAAGUGGCCAUAUUUAGAUGUUGAAAGGGCUAACCUUCUCAUAGUCUAGUUUUAUUUGUUAUUAUACAAUGCAAUGUGACCUGUGUUGGUGUUAGAGAAGAGAUACAGACAUGUGUAGCAGCAUAGUAUUUGGGUAUAUUUGUUUCAGUGACUUGUUUUUUGCAUAAUGUUCCUUGAUCAAAAGUACAAUAGUUUGUACUUUUAGGCAUACACCCUUCCUGGACCCGCAGUGGUAAAACCCCUUACUAAUAUUCAGAAGAGAAAGAAGAAGAAGAAAACAAAACACAAACAACUGCAUUCAUAAUAAAAACAUUUAUUACAUUUGACAGCUAUUAAUCCUGUCUCGAUGUUCCACGGUGCUUACAAAGCAACAACCGCUACCGUCAAUGGAAGACUGUAACUCCUAAAAGGCUCAUGGAGAAGAACGAAGACAUUUUAAAAGCAUAACGUACACUUUGAUCUGAGACUGGGCAGACUCGUGUGUGUUUACCUUUUCGAUGCUACAGUGUUUGGAUGUGUUUGUGUCCUCCACAUGAUUAACCAUCCUCUCUGAUGAGGUAAGAAUACUCAUAUCGCAUCAGAAAGAGAGAGCGGAGAGGGGGAGAGAGAGAAAGAGAGAGAGGAGGGCUGUGCAGACUAUGAGAUGGGCCCCUUCCACUUAGAAGUUUAUUUUAGUGCUUCUCGGGGCAUAGAAAAGGAAAUAAUAAUAUCUGGUGAAGUAAGCAAAGCAAAGGGAAAAAACAUCUCGGAGCACAUAAAAACGAGAGGAAUGUGGGUUUCCGUUAGAGCCCUUUCCAUUAAAAAAAAAAACAGAAAAAAAAAAAAAAUGAUUGUAAUUUAGUUUUCCCAAUACGUCCCCCCAAACUUACUGACCUAUCAUAUGCCAGUGUAUAGUGCAUCUAAUAUCUGUGGGACAGUAUACAAGCCAGUCCCUUGGGAGCAGAGAAAGUUCAGAGUUCUGGAAUGUAGCUGAAGAUGAGCUACUCUGGCACAUAUCGUGGAAAAGGGCUUGUAACAGAAAGAUAGAAAUUGAGAGAGAGAGAGAACAUGAGAAGGAGAGAGUGUGUGAGAAGGAGAUAGAGUGAGACACAGAGAGAAGGGAUGAAAGAGAGAGAGAGAGAGAGAGAGAGACGGUGAAGUAAUAGCGAAUGCUGGUCACGUGAUGAUGUCUGCGAGACGUCUGGCUGAGUCUGGGGGCUAAAAGGGGGCAUGGGGAGGGCUCAGGCACACAAUGCUCAGACACACACAAAAGUGCCAAGAGCUUAGGGUCUCGCACAGAAAAACCUGCGCCCCCCCGAUCACCCCCCAAACACACACAGACAGACACACACACACAC